AUGAAUAGAGAAUCUUGGUACAAAACUAGAAUUGGGACGCGGUCCAAAAGUAUAUGGCUUGAGGGAUUGAAUUCAUUAUUUAUUUAUUCACUCAUAUUUCACACGAACAUGUCUAUUUGGAACGACGUCCCUCUUGGUCCUCCUGAUGCUAUUUUCAAGGUUAGCACUGGUUAUCAGAACGACACUGACCCGCGUAAGGUGAAUCUCGGCGUUGGUGCUUAUCGUACUGAUGAGGGUAAGCCCUAUUACUUCCCUGUGGUGCGUAAGGCCGAGGAGCGUAUUCUUGCCGACAAGUCCGGAAACAAGGAGUACCUUCCUAUCGACGGUCUGCCCCAAUUCCGUGAUCUUGCCUCCAAGUUCCUGUUGGGCGAGACGCAUCCUGCCAUCGUGGAGAAGCGUGUCUGCACUGUGCAGUCCCUCUCCGGCACGGGAGCUCUGCGUCUGGGAGCUGAGUUCCUGAAGAAGUACAUGAGCGGCCGCAAGGUGUAUCUUCCGGACCCGACCUGGGGCAACCACAACGCCAUCUUCACCGAAACUGGUUUCGAAGUGGUGAAAUACCGCUGGUACGAGGCGGCGACCUGUGCUCUGGACUUCGCGGGACUGAAGGAGGAUCUCUCGAACGCGCCGGAAGGCUCGAUCGUGCUGUUCCACACCUGCGCCCACAACCCCACGGGCGUGGAUCCCACGCAGGAGCAGUGGCAGGCUCUGGCGGAGCUGUGCCAGUCCCGCAAGCUGGUCCCGUUCUUCGACACGGCGUACCAGGGCUUCGCUUCGGGCGACCUGGUGCGUGACGGCUACUCGGUGAGACUGUUCGCCGAGCGCGGAAUGGAGAUGCUGGCGGCGCAGAGCUUCGCGAAGAACAUGGGUCUGUACGGCGAGCGAAUUGGAUCGAUCAAUCUGAUCUGCCACGAUGCGGAGACGGCGACGCGCGUGCAGAGCCAGAUGAAGAUUAUCGUGCGAAAGAUGUACUCGAACCCUCCGAUGCACGGAGCCAAGAUCGUGGCUACGAUUCUGGGCGAUAAGGAGCUCUUCGCGGAGUGGGAGAAGGAGCUGAAGGAGAUCGUGGGCCGCAUUCUGCUGAUGCGGAAGAGCCUGCACGAGGCUCUGCUGGAGAACGGAUGCCCGGGAACCUGGGAUCAUAUCACCAAGCAGAUCGGAAUGUUCAGCUUCACUGGAUUGGAUCCCGAUCAGAGCGAUCGGAUGGUGAACUUGCACCAUAUCUACAUGCUGCGUACUGGCCGUAUCUCGCUGGCGGGACUCACCAGCGGAAGCGUGAAGUACGUGGCCGACUGCAUCAAGGAGGUGGUCGAGUGGAAGCUCAAUGGAAAGCAGUAAAUGAGUGGUAACUGCAUAGUUGUUUUUGUGAA